AGCUCUGGGGCCCGAGCCGGCGACCCCUCGGGCGGGGGCGGGCGCCUCCCAUGGCGGUGGCCGCCCCCGUGCCGGAAGCCGGGCAGCACGGCUGCCUGCAGGGCGGGCUCGCCGCCCGGCUGGAGGCGGCGCUGACCGCCUCGGUGCGGGGCGUCCUGGCGUCGACGCUGGCCGAGGGCGGGGCGUGCGCUCGCGCAGAGGCGCACGUGCUGGACCUCUGCAGGGCGGCGGAGCGCGGCAAGCUGUGCGCUGGGAGCUCCCAGGUGGGGCACCACUCGAGCGCCGAGGUCGUGGCCGUGCUGCUGCACCUCGCGGUCCAGCUCAUCGCGUUCCCGCCCCCGAGGUGCACCGCCGAGCAGGGGACGCAGCAGGGCCUGCCGGCCGCCGCCUCCCGCAGCACGCAGACGGAGGCGCCCGCCACGGAGUCCCGCUGCGUGCAGGCCGAGGCCGAGGCGGUGCGCACCAGGUCCCGGGGCGUGCAGGCCACGCAGCCCGAGCCGCCCCCGCCGCCGACGCAGGACUGCGAGGCGCAGGCGGAGGCCCGCUGCGGCGCGUGCGGCGCCAGCGCCGUGCUCGAGCAGGGGGCGGUCUGCAGCGGCUGCGCCGCGCGGCCGGUGUGCUGCCAGUGCGAGCAGCGGCUCGUGCCGCAGCAGGGGCAGGUGUCAAACGACCUGCAGGACCAGGACGCGGAGUGCUGCCGUCCAGGCCGCCGGUCCCGACACGUUCGACGUGGGGUCGCAGGUCAGGUGGCUCUUCGACAGCAGGUUCACACAGACGGACCCGCGGAUCUGCCCGAAGUGCGGCUCGCUGCCCGUGCCGCUGGAGGGCGACGUGUGCCCGAAGUGCAAGGACGACAAGGUGUUCUGUCGCAAGUGCCAGAUCGUCGAGGUGGCGGCCCCGGGGGACCUGUGCCCGCUGUGCACUCCGCUGGCGCGCCGCCGCAGCCGCAGCCCCGCGGUCGGCGGGGACAACACGCUCGGCGUGCGCAUCGGGGGCGGCUACGACAUCCUGAACUUCAGCUCCGAGAGCAAGGAGCGUGCUCGAGCGAGAGAACACAGUGCUCCUCCCCAGUCCGCGAGUCCCCCCCGAGCCGGUACGCGCAGGGCGCGCCGGCGUCCGGGAGCGACGCGGGCCGCUUCGGCGUCGGCUCGUACACGCUCGGGCACGGGGGCGUGCAGGUCUUGGCGUCCACCGGCUCAAUGAUGGCGCCAACCAUCCAGGCCAGCGCCGGUCUUGGCCACCAGCUGUACCGCGUCAUGCUGCCCUCCGUGCGCGGCUCGCGCCCCGCGUCCGCGAGUGGCGGCGGCGGCGGCCAAGAGGCGGAGGAGGCGGCCGCGCACCCGCGGGCGGAGGCGCCGGCGCUGGCCAGGCAGCUGUCGUCCCGCGGGCGCGCUCUGCUGCCCGCUGGGGCGGAGGCCCUCGUGCCGCCGACCACGCUUCGCGACGACAAGGGCAGCCUGGUGCUGCCACCCGAGGUGCGGGAGCGCCUGCAGUCCUGAAGGGGCGGCGGCCUCCGCGCGGCCCUGCAGGGCGCCCCACGGCACGGGAGACCCGCGCCGCCAGGAGCGGCCGUGGGCUCGCCACGGGGCGGCCCCCCAGACAUCCAGCGUCUCGACAAGAAGUCGAGACGAAGGCUGUUCGUGGCUUUCGGCCUCUCGGGGCCCGUUGCCAGGCCUCGGGGCCAUCAACACGCGACGCGGGAUGAAGAACCGGAGGAAUAGCGUUUCCCUGCCAUCGCCGCAGUCUACUCACCCGCCCUGGCGGGCUUCUCCGUUUUUCUGGGUGUCUCUCCGCACUUCCAGUCCCGCUCAGUCUGCACUUAGCUAGGCAGACAGGCAGUGUACCUCGGGCAGGGUUUAGGCCAGCGCUGAAUGCCCUCGAACACCUGGCCGCACAAAUGUGUGGGUCCUGCUGGAGCGUUUGCAGAACAGCUGGCCGAGAUUGGAAAAG